AUGGGUGAGCGGUUUGAAGGGUUGGAGAACCUCAACGAUGAGUGCAAGGUGAAGUUGUUUGGGUGUCGAAUGCGUGCGCCUGGGAGUGGGACUGGAGGGCAUGAAUCCAUUGAGUACCGGCUGCUUAUACUAGAAGAGAACGCGGAGAUGGUGUGUAGACAACGGUACAGGACUAUACUUGACUAUAGCAGUCGUGGGCAUGGGUCUAUGGGGCUGAAACACGAUGAGAUGACUAACGGGAACGUUAGUGCGCCAUUCAUCACUGCGAGUGAGCUUAGGCAGUAUAUAUAUGGGUCACCGAUCAGGUCGAAGACUAGAGUCACUGAGGAUAAGUUUAGGAUAAUUCCGAAUUCAAGACAAUUGCUGAUAACGCGUGUGUUCUAUCCACGUAGGACAUCGAUGAAUCUGCAUGGUACAUUUCCGAAGAAUUACCAAUCUUCAGAUAGGCGAGUUUCCAUCACCAUGUGCUUACCAAGCUAUCUGCUGGCAGAUAUCUCGGACUCAUGGGCAGACAUAGAUGGCUGGCUAACACAAACAGAGCGCCAUUUGAUGGCUACAUCCUUUCAUGUGGUGGAGACGCAGGAUAACUUCGUCACACUGGUCAAUAAACUACUGAUUCCAGCGUUGAGAUCUUGUCAUGAGAUUCCCAGGCUGUUUUUGUACCCACAGGAUAAUAUAGAUUUCAUACAUACAUGGUUCAAGGAUGUUUUCAAUUGGAUUGAGUUGAAGGAAGGCACGAAGCUGAGCUUUUUGCCGUUUCUCAUAGCGAAGACGUUGAUAGAGUAUCGAGAUGACCCACAAGAGUCUGAAUGUCAUAGAAUAGUAAUAACUUCCGGUAACUUGGUGAUCGCAAACAAACUAGUUUUUAUUCUAGGAGGGUUACUAAAACCUCGAUAUGAUGGAGAAAUGAAGAUAAUGAUCACACCAGUAUCAACUCCAACUCCUAGUAAUCAUUUGAUGCCUCCCUCGAUGAAUGGCUCAAAUGAGUCAUCUUACCAUUCAUCCAGCAACUCGCAUACACCUUCCAAGCUUAAGAUUCCGGCUACGAUAAAUGAGCAUAGGCCAAGCAGGCCAAGGUACUCUAGUACUGAAAAUAUCCAUGUGCAAUCACGGACUAUGGAUAUACCCAUAGUUAAGAGCGACCAGUCGCCAUUUUCUACGUCAAGAGGGUGGAAGAUACCUUCGAGUUAUAGAUCUGCAACAAGUUCGGUGUCCAUUUCUUCUGAUGAAUCUUUGGCAGAAGUCAUACAGCCAUCAUCCUUGAAAUCCACGACUUCGAUACCAUUCCAAAAUUUUUCAUCCUCGUUAAGCAAUCAACUGUAUUCAUCAUCUUACGGAUCUUGGUUCAAUGGCAGUAUCACAGGCAGCUUUACGAACUCUAAUCCAUUAUCCAACGGUACAAGCAACAUGGCUACUUUCAGCAGUUCAUUUAAGAAGAAUAACAUUUCAAGUAUAUUCCAAAGCAACUCUCCGACCGCAGGUACGGAUUCCUGGGAGAGACCAGAAAACAAUACAGGGUUGAAUCCAAAUAUCACUCUUCAAAGAACAGCCAGUAACAGUUCUUUGCGGCAUAUGCUCACACCAUAUCAACAACAAUUAAUAUCACCUUCGACAAAUUCAGAAUACGAUGAGUAUCCAUGGUUUGGAGCUACCAACAACGCGGGAGGUGCUACCGUUGGAACAUCAAGUGAGACAGUUGGAUCGCAGCAACCGGUGUUACUUCAGGGUGCUCAUAUGGAUACUACUACAUUACUUGACAGCAUACGAACCAGUAAUAACAAUGGUGCUUACACAUUUCCUUUGAAAAACGUUGGAUUCGAUAGGGAUUGUAGCAGCUUAGAUCAUCACAAGUUACUAACAAGCUGUUUUGAAGAGAUCUUCGAGGGCGACAUCGAUGCAAAUAAAGUAACAACGAUGGUACCUUGCAGUGAUAUUGCGGUGCAUAUACACAGCAAGCAAGAGGACUCCGAGGGAGUGACAAGUCAUCCUCGUGUGGUCAUUGAUGUUGAUAUUCCAGGUACAACUAUAUCGAAGUAUCCAGAGGAAUUGCUACCCCGCUACACUAUGUAUUUAUCGCAUUUUAAUCCGUUUUUUAAACUGCAAGCUAUUCCAGCAACUAAUGAGAUAGAGAACAAAAUUGUCCAUGGCCUGAAAAGGGAUUUCAUCAGUGAGAAGUGUGAUGUGUCAAAGACUCUAUUUAUCUCUAUGAGGUCUAGAAGCAUAAAAGAGAUAGUUGUGAGGAAAACCACCUCUAUAAAUACACCAUCGAACAGCAGCAACCAGGACCCACGAAACAAAUCUAAGGGCAGUAUGCUCAAACAGAAAAUCAAGAAAGUGUUUUCCAAUGGUACCUGUACUGGUAGAGUCACACCAGUGCUGAACAACUGUGUUGCGUUCGUAGAGGCUGCACUCAUGAGUGCAAUGUCCCUUUAUAGUGAUCCAACCAUCGACAAGAAAUACAGAGAUGAGCGCAUUUUGAAGAUAUUUCUAGCGGUAGCUCAUUACAACGUGGACGAAGUAUAA